UGGACGCAAGAGAUGGUCUGGUGCAUAGCAAAUAGUCUGGACUUCAAGGGAGCCAAAGUUCCCAUUAACGAAAGAUUUCCCUUCCUUGAAUUUUCUGGUGUCAUCACGACAGCAAGGAUAGCUUUACGUGAUCCUGAAACCAAAGCUCCUCAAUGGGUCACCAACAGUCCAGAAUUCUGUAGGAAGAUCUCAAAGCCUCGGUACAUAAAAACUCACCUUCCUUUUAAUUUACUACCACGACAGAUUCGAAGCUGUGAAAAAAGACCGAAAAUAAUUUACGUUACUAGAAAUCCAAAAGAUGUCUGUGUCUCGUUUUACCAUCACUCAAAAUUAUUGGAAGGUUAUUCCGGAUGUUUCGAUGAUUUUUGCAAGCAGUUUUUAAGUAAUAAAGUUGUUUACGCCCCUUAUUGGAAGCAUAUACACGGAUUUUGGAAAAUGAAAGAUCUGGAUAACGUUUUGUUUAUUAAGUACGAAGAUAUGAAAAAGGAUUUGCCCGCAGUGAUUUAUAAAACAGCUAAAUUUCUUGACAAAGAACUUGAUGACACACAGGUAGCAGCAUUAGAAGAACAUCUGAGCUUCUCUAGUAUGAAAACUAAUCCUGCUGUUAAUCGUGAAAAGAGUAUUGAUGCUGUAAAAAAUAAAAAGAUAUUUGGUAACUUUGAGGUUGAAGGUGAAUUUAUAAGAAGUGGAACUGUAGGUCAGUGGAAGAAUAUAAUGGAUAGUGACAUGAUUAAACAAUUUGACGAGUGGAUUGAUCAGAAUUUAAAAAACGUGAAGGGACUCAUUUUAUAA